AUGGAGCAAAACAUAAGUGACGGUAUGUGCCGGUGUUGUGCAUCAGAAGGUAGAUUUAAGGACUUUCAAACAACAUACCAUUGGAUGGGCAAAGAAGAAGUGUAUUCAAAAAUGUUAAAGGAUUGUUUUGAUAUAACUUUGUCUACCUCGGAGGUGAUCAGUAACGGUGGUAUAUGCGAGGUCUGCAUCACUCAGCUCCGGAAUGCAUUGAACUUCAAGCGUCAGGUCCAAGUGACCGAGGACAGGUUCAAGAAAAUGGUCCACGAGACCGUUUUUAAAUCAAAUACGAUCAAACUCGAGGUUUCGAGAGGCGAUGAGGAGUCUGAUAAUGAAGAAUCAGAUAAAUUAUCAGAUUACGAAGUCGCUAUCAAAGAGGAGAAAGAAGAUGAGAAGCCCAAGAAGCGCCAGCCUAAAGCGACUACCUCCAAGAUGAAGAAGGCCAAAACGGAAGGGGAACCUUCAAAACGAACGGACGGCGAACCGAACAAACGCAAGAAAAAGAAAAAGAAAUCGGAGGUAAGCGCUACACCUGAGCGCAUUGAGCACAGGGUCAACCUGACAGCCAUAUUGCAGUUCUCCAACGCAAGUCCGUUCCGGGAUAAGACAAUGAAAGGCUUCUCCUGUCUCUACUGCGCGGAGAGUUUUCAAGAUAUAGACGAACUAAGAGCGCAUACGUCCCAGCAGAAUGAGAAGGACAAAAUUAACACGAUGCUCGAUUACAAACUCAGCUAUAAUCCGAUCAAAUUGGACAUAACUAAUCUCCAAUGCACCGUCUGCCAUAAAGAUUUGAAAGAUCUGAACGAACUCAAAGAUCAUUUGGUGGCUGUUCACAAUAAGACCAUACAUAAGGACAUAAAAGACACAAUACUUCCAUUCAGAUUGGAGAACGGUCAUAACUUCACUUGCGUCAUAUGUUCCGUGGUUCAUAUAUCUUUCAAAAAUCUAUAUCACCACAUGAGUAGCCAUUAUCGUAAUUAUUGCUGUAAGAAAUGCGGCGCUGGUUAUAUUACUAUAGCGGCGUUGAGGAAGCACGGCAAAACACACUACCAAGGUCAUUUCCCUUGCGACUUCUGUGAUAAAUCAUACACUUCACUAACCAAGAAACGGAAUCACGAAAAGGGGGUACACACUGGCGGCUGGCUUAGAAAUAAAUGUCCACACUGUCCAGAGAUUUUUGUCAGCUAUUAUGACCGCAGCGAGCAUUUGGUCAAAGUUCACAACGAAGCACCAGUUGUAUAUCCCUGCAACGCGUGCAAUAAGACGUAUAAGAAGAAAUUCGAAUUAAACAGACACAUAAAGCACCACCACUUACAGCAGAGGAGUUUUCUAUGUGAUAAAUGCAAUGCCAAAUUCUUUUCUAAGCGCGGUCUAGUCGAUCAUAUGACGCGGCAUACUGGUUCGGAAAUGUGUUCCUGUGAUGUAUGCGGUAAAGCCUUCUCGAGGAUUAGGACGCUGAGAGAGCAUAUGCGGACACACGAAGACGAUAAACGCUUCCAAUGCGAAGUAUGCAAGAAGACAUUCAUGCAGAAGAGCAGUUUGAAGAGUCAUGUGAAGCUGCAUCAGGAUGACUUGGAUAUAUUCAAAGAAUUUGAUGACGUAAAGCAUUUAAUAGAUGAUAGGGAGAUGACUCUUAAACAAAUAGCGGCUGAGAACAAGAUGAGAUCUAUAGGUGUUAAGUUAAAAAAUCAACUGGUACAUCCCUAA